CCGUCUCGUGCCUUCAUCUCACGCAUCCUCUUCUGAGUCACGCGGAAGAGUUGCCGACUGUAAAGGCUCAAGUUGAAGUUACUAUUGCCGACGUCAAUUCCUGCUGCGCUCGUGUGAAAUAACAAGACCUAGUACUCCUGCCACCGAGCCCCUUCAUAGCCCGCUUCACAUCGGCAACAAUGUCCUCCCUCUCGAGCAUACGCGCUUCCAACCUGAGCAUUGGCAGUAGUCUGCCCUACCACCCUGUCGCUAUCUUCGUUGGUGGUACCGCAGGUAUUGGGGCGGGCAUGGCCAGGACGUUCGCCCGUCACAGAGGCGGCGACGCCCAUAUCAUCCUCGUCGGCCGCAACCGUGCCGCCGCCGAGGAGGUCAUCGCGUCGUUCCCCAAGCCCGAGGGCAAGGAGCCAAAGUACGAAUUCGUCGAGUGUGACCUGACCCUCAUGCGCAAUGUGCGCAAGACGACCGCGGAGCUGAAGGAGCGGCUGCCGAAGGUCAAUUUCCUCGUACUUUCCCCUGGGAUAAUGGCGUUCGACGGAAGGACGGAGUCGGACGAGGGGAUUGACAGGAAGACGGCAUUGCAUUAUUAUUCCCGAUGGAGGUUCACCUAUGACCUCAUCCCGUUACUUCAGAAAGCGAAGGACGCCGGCGAAGAUGCAAAAGUUACGACCGUCCUGUCGGCAGGCACCGGCGAGGCGGGACAGAUAGAUCUAGAUGAUCUUGGCUUGAAGAAGAAUUACUCGCUGACAUUGUGCGCGAGGGCAUGUUCCACGUACAACGACCUGAUGGUGCAGACCUUUGCAGAUAAAUAUCCCAGCUUCGCAUUCACACACAUAGCCCCCGGCAUCGUGCGGACAAACAUCAUGAGCAGCGCAACCAAGUCCCACUGGUCUGGGUCCAUUAUCAAUCCUCUAGUAUCUGCCCUCGCGUGCGCAUUCGGCGUGACUGCGGACGAUUGUGGCGAGUAUAUGUGGCACGGGGUGUAUGCCGGCGCCAAGGGAUGGUUCCGUCGCAGUAAGCAUGGCGAGGACCUUGGCGACAAGAAUAUGUGGUCAACUCCAGAAGCUAAGGAGAAGCUUUGGGAACACUCUCUCAAGGAGACCUCCCCGUAGCCCACAGGUUGUAGUUGUCUAAUACACGGUAUAUCCAAAUAAGCUUGUCCUUAUUGUGCUCUGCGAAUUUUGAAC